AUGUUAAAUAAUUUAUUUGAGUCAUUAUGUGUAACAAGUGCUUUGGAAAUUAGAUCGAAUCUAUAUUUCUGUUCUCCUCCAUUUAUAUAUAUAAAUGAAUAGAAAUACUAAUUCAAUGCUAAGACUAUUUACUUAUUAUAGGACAACGUCAUAGUAAUUUAUACCUUAGAAAAUUGCAUCAAAUUUGUUAAUUAAGAUUUGGAAGUGCUAUCCUCAUAUACACUUCCUUAAAUACCAUUAGCUAUAUAUACUUAUAAAGAUUUCAUAGUACUUGACUAUCAAUAUGAAUAUUAAAUUUGUAAAAUAGAUGAGAUUGAGAAUUUAGUAAAGAAAAAUAAAAUUGUGAGUUUUGCGCCAAAUCCCACUAAUUAAUUAACAUAUGUGAUUAAAUAAAAAUUAAUGGAAUGCAAUGUAGUUUAUUCUAAUAAAUUUAUGGAUAUAGAAAUGGGUGUUGAACAAAUCUAUUGUAUAUCCAAAACCUAACCACAUUUCCUCUAUCAAAGCAUUGUUUUUCCAUAAUUAACAAUUAUUGAUUUGAAUAAAUGUGAAGAAUUAUAUCAUAUUGAAUUUGGAUAAUAGAUUGAAUAGAUUUUCUUGUAUCAUAAUACUUUUAUAUUACAAAGUGAAAACAAAUUAUUUUAAAUGUAAAACUAAGAAAUUGUAGAAUUCAAUUCAAAUAUUUAAUUUAGAAUUAGUUGUGUGGUUGAAUUUAAUAAUCAAACAUUUUUUGGAUCAAUAAAUGAUAAUUCAAUUCUUGUUAAGGAUAAUUAAAUUAUUAAAGAAUUCUAUAAUUUAGGUUAAAUAGUAGAUAUCCAUCCAUGUAAUUAAAUCUGCUUUAUUGCAAGUUAUAAUAAGAAAUAUCCUGUUAGUUUAUUUAGAAAAGGAAUUAAUGAAAAUGUUUUAGAAAGAUACAAAUUAACAAAUGAAAUGAGACCAAGAAAGAUCUUCUAUAUAAAUCCAUCAUUAAUAAUGCUUAGUUUCUCUUAGUCAUCUGAAAUUUAUACUAUUCCUCAAUUUAUUAUUGCUGAUAUCAAAGUUAUAAAAAAUUAAAAGACUUUACUUAUUCAUUAACUUUCUAGUAUGAUGAUACUAUAAAUUACAGUUAAUAAAGUGUUAUUCUUAUAAUCAUAUGAAAACAUUAUAUAUUAAGAAGAAUUUUAUUAAAAGAUAAAAGAUUGUAGAUUAGAUUUAGCUAAUAAAGCCUUAUAUCUAUAUUUAGGUAAUAAUGAGUUAAGAUUUUACACAAUUAAUGAUUCAAAUAUAACAUUGAUAUCUUAAUAGAUCAUCAAUCGUCUUAGUGCAUUUUAAAUUAUAAAUAAGAAACUUCAUUAUAGUUCUUGGUUUUAAUUUGAAUUACAUAAUUUUAAUGAUUAAUAACAUUAUGUUAUUAAUAAUAUCAAUAGUACAAUAGUAUCUAUUGAAUAAACUCAGAAUUUUAUUUUAUUAGGUCUAAUAGAUGGUAAUUUAGUUUCCUUAGCUUCUGACACAUAUAGAGUUCACAAAAUAUUUUAGAUUAGCAAUACUCAUCCCAUUAAAUUGAUGAAAUUUAACAAUAAAGUGAUAAUCUUUUCACAUCAUAUUUAUAUGAUUGACAAUUAACUUUAAUAAAUUAUUGUAAAUUGGGAUCAUUUAUAUGAUAUUAGUUUUUAAAAUGAUAAACUAAUUGGUAUUGUUUAAAAUGAAAUUUAAAUGGUUACUUUGAGUUAAGGAUCAAGUUCAUAAUGUAGAGAAUUGAAAUUUAUCAAGAAUUUAGAAAUUAAAAAUUUGAGAUUUUUUAAAGAUCAUUUAAUUGUUUUAACUACUUAAAAUUAAUUGUUGAGUUAUUUUGAUGAUUAAUUAAAAACUCAAUCUCAAUAACAAUUUUCUAUUGAAAAAAUGGAAUAAUAUAAUAAUAUAUAUUUAGCAGGAUAUACAGAAUCUUAAUAAGGAAAAAUAAAUAUUGUAAAUGAAUAGCUAUAAUUAAUUUAUAAUUAUACAUAUUCAGAACCAAUAUAUGAUCUCAAAUUACAUUAAAAUGUUAUCUUUUUUUCUACUGAAACUGCUAUUCAUUCAAAUGAUGGAUAAUUUGUACAUAAUUUCAAUAUUCCAUUAAAGGGUUUUGAUAUUAAAGAUAAAUAUUUCUUAAUAUAUGAGAAUUUCAAAGUAUUAAUUUAAACUAUAUAUUUAAGGGAGCCCAUUUAUUUUAUUAUGAUGAAAAAAUGAUAGCCCUAGGAAGUUUGAAUUAUCCAUGUCAAUAUGCUUCCUUUUAUUAUGAUGAUAUAAUAUGUUUCUCAGAAAAUGAUGUUAAAAUUGCUAAAUUGAAUUUGCUUACAUUUACUAUCAGUGAACAAAUGGAAAUUGCUGUAUCAAAUCCUAUAGAAGUUACUUGUGUAAAGGAUAGAUUUUAUGGAACUCUAUAUGGUGUAUUAGGAUAUUACGAAUGA